AUGGUUAUCACUCGUCGUCAAGCUUCUGCUUCUGUAGCUUCAACAGUUGAUUCAAAAACGCCAGACAAAAUAAAUGAUCAAUCAAAAUCGACAACACGUCAUCGUCCAUUUACUAGGACCAGCAAAAGACUAUCAUCGCCAUCUCCUUCUAAUUUUAUUCAUCGAUCGUGUCCUCAGUUAUCAAAAAAAUGUGUUAAUAACGAUAAUGUCAAAUUGUUUUCAACCACGUCUACGCGCGAUUCAUCAUCUGAUUCUUCAUCCACCUCUUCUCGUUCCUCCUCAUCUGAUACAUCAUCCACCAACGUAUCACGUUCUUCAUCAUCCGAUUCUUCUUCAAGUUCACGUACUGUACAAAUGUCUACAUCAAAUCUCGAUUCAUCCAAAUUCACAGCAAUAUCAUUGAUAACAGAAUCUAUUGAUAAAAUGCAAAUUAAUAUUACUAAAAAUAAUUCUUCCUCGAACGACAUCGCUUCCAUGCAACAAGGGAAUGUUCUUCAUGAAAAUUACCUUAUUUCAGUUUAUAAAAGUAGCAGAAAUGGCCAUUUUCUUUGCCUUCAUGGCUCCACAUAUCAAAUCGAUCGAUCAAUGGAUGAAAAAAUUAAGUGGAAGUGCAAACAGAGUAGAAAUGAGAUAAGAUGUAGAGCAAAAAUCUAUACAACUAAAAACUUAGGAACUGAUGAAAUACCGGCUUAUCAAUAUUUAGAGUCGAAUAGUAUUCAACAUUCACAUGAUAUUGAUCAAGAUCAACAAAAAGUUGCAAGUUUUAUAUCGAAACUUAAAGAUAUUGGAAGAAGUCGUCGAACUGUACCACCAUCCAAAAUAGUAAAUGAAUUAGCAACGUCUAUGAAAUUGAGUGAUAAUCAACUAGGAAUGAUUCCCUCUUAUGCUUCAAUAUAUCAGAAAGUCUAUCGAUCUAGAAGCAAAACCAUGCCACCACUUCCAAAAUCCAUUAAUUUUGAAAUUCCAACAGCAUUUUCUGUUGCUUCGUCUGGAGAAACUUUUGUUUUUUUCGAUCAUCUUUACGAUAAAGGAACGAAAAGAAUUUUGGCAUUUUCGAGUUCAAUGCAAUUAAAACAUUUAUUUAGCUCAAAACUAGUAUGUGUUGAUGGAACAUUUUCGAUUGUUCCUAAAUUAUAUAAACAACUGGUAAUUAUCCAAACUAUUGAUCGUCAAAAGUAUCAUGCAACACCUGUUGUUUAUGCACUUCUCAAUGACAAGAAGACUCGAACGUAUAAAUUACUAUUUGACGCAUUGAAACGUAAAGCAGAAGAGAUAGAAAUGGCAUUUGAACCAGAGAGAAUCAUAAGUGAUUUUGAAGGAGGAAUGAUUUCCACCGUUAAAAAACAACUUCCAAAUACAACACAUCAAGGUUGUUUAUUUCAUUUGUAUCAAGGUUUAACAAAGCAAAUGAAAAAACUCGGCUUAUGGUCGUCUUAUAAGGAUCACAAUGAUUUACAUUUAUUUAUCAAGAAAGUAAUGGCAAUCGUCUUGCUUAAACCAAAAGUGAUGGAUCAUGCUUAUCAAUUGUUACUUAAUCAAUAUUUAAAGCAAAGACGAUUAAAACAAUUCAUUGUCUAA